AUGUCUGAUCCAAGCGCUGAACUUCAAUCCGCUCUCCGCGGCCUAUCCAUAGGUGGAAAGGGCCCAGUGCAGGACGUUUCCCGACCAAACGUGAAAAAACUCUCAACAGCAGGCGUGACUCCAACCUCCAACCCCAAGAUACUCCGCAAACCGGUCGCAGAUUCCUGGGAAGACGAAGCAGACCUCUCCGCCCCGGAAGGCGAGGACGUCCAGCUCAAUGACGAAGACACUAUCCCAGUGCUCUCGCCAACCGUCAGUGCUGAAGGGCCGCUAGAUCCCCCACCGACACCUAUAUCCCCGCAGACAUCCGCUCCGUGGAUGGCGAGAGCUGCUUCUCCUGCUUCGGCGCAGGGCGCUCCUACCCGUCGCCCGGAGAAGCAAACUGCUGUUGCGGAGCGGAUGAUUGCCGGUGCUUUGGGGAUCCGCGCCCCGAAGCGGACGGAGCAGCAGCGUGCUUACGACCGCUCCGUUAAAGAGCAAGAAAUUCGGAGGCGAAAUCGCGAGCGCGAGGAGAAGGCUAAGGCUAAGGAAGAGGAGGAGAAGAUGAAGGCUUCUAUUUGGAGCAGCUAG